AUGACAGGAGAUGAAGGACUUUUAGUAAAUAUUCAAAGGGAUUUGACCUCUAAGGUGAAGAUGGGAACUGGAGAAGUGGUUCCAGUUGCUGGAAAAGGGACUUUGGUGAUAAAAACCAAGUUAGGUAAGAAGCACAUUCAUGAAGUAAUGCUUGUACCUGGUCUUGAAGAAAAUUUGCUUAGUGUUGGGCAAAUGAUGGAACAUGGCUAUCACCUUGUGUUUGGAGGAAAUGUGGUGAGUGUUUAUGAUAAUCAAUCACUAGAAAAUCUGAUUGUGAAGGUGCAAAUGACAAACAACAGAUGCUUUCCAUUGACAAUGAUGCCUGCGAGUGAGUUGGUCCUAAAAGCAAGUGUCACACAUUGCUUGCAGACAUGGCAUAAGAGGCUGGGACAUUUAAAUGAAAGAAGUAUGAAACUGCUUGAGAAUCAAGGGAUGGUUCAUGGCUUACCUCACUUGGAGCAGAUGUCAGUGGUGUGUGAUGGUUGUAUGCAAGGAAAACAGCAUAGGGAUUCUUUCCCUUUGGAAUCCACUUGGAGAGCUUCAAACCCUUUGGAAUUGGUUCACACAGACAUCUGUGGACCAAUGAAAACAGAAUCACUAUCUGGAAACAGAAACAAAUCAAGUGCAUUGGAAUGUUUUAUGAAAUCCAAGGCUAUGACUGAGCUGCAAAGUGGGUUCAAGAUAAAGAGUUUAAGAAGUGACAGGGGUGGAGAAUUCUUGUCAGGAGAAUUUAACAGGUUUUGUGAAGAAUCUGGCAUUCAAAGGCAAUUAACAGUGGCAUACUCCCCUCAGCAGAAUGGAGUAGCUGAGAGGAAGAAUCGAACUGUGGUUGAAAUGGCUAAAUCAAUGUUGCAUGAGAAAGGUGUCCCCUAUGAGUUUUGGGCAGAAGCUAUAAAUACAGCAGUCUAUUUGCUGAAUAGAUGUCCUACCAAGCUCUCAACAAGGCUGUUUGAUCCAAGUACUAGGAAGGUAAUUCUGUCUAGAGAUGUUACAUUUGAUGAAAAUGCCACAUGGCAGUGGGUGAAUACAACUGAAGGAGAGAUGACAGUACCUAUGCCUACUGAAAAUCAAAGCUGUGAACCAAGUCAAAGCUUGGAUACACCACUGCAAAUGGAUGAAGAAGUCACAUUACAAGCUGAACCAAGUCAAAGCUUGGAUACACAAACUCAAAUAGAUGAAGAUACUACUCUGCAAGAUAAAGGCAUAGAUGCAGCUCAAGAUGAGUCAUGGAGAAAGGCAAUGGAAGCUGAACUGGAAAUGAUAGAAAAAAAUGACACUUGGAAACUUGUCGAGAGACCAUUUGCUAAACCUGUGAUUGGUGUUAAGUGGGUCUACAAGACUAAACUGAAUCUAGAUGGUACUGUGCAGAAAAACAAGGCUCGUUUAGUGGCUAAAGGCUACUCACAAAAGCCCGGUAUUGAUUACAAUGAGACUUUUGCCCCUGUGGCAAGGCUAGACACCAUUAGGACCUUGAUUGCUCUUGCUGCACAGAAGGAAUGGAGCUUGUAUCAACUAGAUGUGAAAUCUGCAUUUCUUAAUGGAGUUUUAAAGGAGGAAGUAUAUGUGGAUCAGCCACAAGGAUUUGUAAAGAAGGAUGAGGAAACAAAGGUAUACAAGUUACACAAAGCUUUGUAUGGUUUGAAGCAAGCACCAAGAGCUUGGUAUGACGAGAUUGAUGCCUAUUUCAACAAGGCUGGUUUCAAGAAAAGUCCAAGUGAGGCAACUUUAUAUGUUAAGGCAGAAGGUUCAGAUGUUCUUAUUGUUUCUCUAUAUGUUGAUGACAUAGUGUACACAGGUAGCAGCUCUCAAAUGAUUGAAGAGUUUAGGAGAGAUAUGAUGGAACACUAUGAGAUGACAGAUUUGGGAGUAUUACACCAUUUUCUUGGAAUGGGGUUGAUACAGUCUAAACAAAACAUUUUCUUGCAUAAGAGGAAGUAUGGACAGAAGCUGGUUGAAAAAUUUGGUUUGAAAGAUUGCAAAAUAGUGGCUACACCACUUGCAAUGAAUGAGAGGUUAAGUAAGAAUGAUGGAAGUGAGGCUGCAGAUGAAGGAGAAUAUAGACAGAUUGUGGGCAGUUUGCUCUACUUGACUGCAACUAGGCCUGACAUAAUGUUUGCAGCUAGCCUCUUGGCAAGAUUCAUGCACAAUCCCACCAAGAAACACAUGGGAACUGCUAAAAGGGUAUUGAGAUACAUUCAAGGAACAAUAGACUUUGGAAUUGUAUUUGAGAAAGGAAAAGAAACUACUCUUAUUGGCUAUUGUGAUAGUGACUGGGCAGGAAGUGAAGAUGAUAUGAGGAGCACUUCAGUGUAUGCAUUUACUCUAGGAUCUGGUGUGUUUUCAUGGGCAUCGAUUAAGCAAAACACAGUGGCACUGUCCACUGCAGAAGCAGAAUAUGUCAGUGCUGCAGAAGCUACUUCUCAAGCAAAGUGGCUGAGAUUUGUACUUGAAGAUUUUGGAGAAGAACAGAUUGAAGGAACACAGAUAAUGUGUGAUAACACAUCAGCAAUUGCUAUGGCAAAGAACCCUGUUUUCCACCAGAAGUCAAGGCACAUUAACAGAAAGUUUCAUUUCAUUCGAGAAGCAAUUCAAGCCAAGGAGAUAGAACUUGUCUACUGCAGAACUGAGGAGCAAAUUGCAGAUAUUCUGACUAAAGCUUUGCCUAAGGACAGGUUUGCAUACUUAAGGGAAUUACUUGGUGUUAAGUCGGCUAAAGGAUUAGAAGGGAAUGUUGGUGUGUAA